AUGAACAUUGACGGGGUCGUCGGGUUAGCUCGUGCACGUGGGGCUAGACUAUGUGCAGCAUUUCGCGAAUUUGAUACGCAACGGACUGGGGUCAUCAACCGAACAUACCUGGAGGCGCUGAUUCACUUGUCGUUGGCACGGGAAUUGAAUGUGGCCGAAUGUCAGCAGUUGGCACGAUUCUUGGACAAAGUGACGGACAAGUGUGAAAAUGUCGAGUACGACACAUUCGUCCAAUGGUUGUAUGCACCCGACUCGAAGUUGUCCGAGUUGGUGCUUUCCCGCGCCAGCCCCCACAAGGGUGGUAUUCCCGCAGAUCCGCGGCCCUUAAGUGGACGAACUUUGGCACGAAUUGUUCGUCACAAGGCGGGUGUCCGGUCGGAACGGAGCCGUGACAGCUGCCGAGAUGGCAAGGUGCGGGGUUGCAGCCCAGCUGAUCCUCGUCGAGGUGCGAUGGACCCUCCCCGAGUCGAGUCGGCUUGGCCAAGCAUGGGGAUUGCACAUCUCAGCGCCUGGGCGGAGAAGGGUGUGGUUUCCUCGCCACUUGCUCCUCGAGACCCUGGCCCACCUCAAACCAAGAUGCAACCCCGACACAACUUUCCUCGGGCACGAACCAGAUCUUCCCAAGGGUAUCGAAGCCGAGCAUGGACGCCCGGGAAGGCAUCCACCCCGGCCACUGAAGCCCCAUCGCUUGAAUCUGGUGGCUACCCCGGAAGUGGAGGGGCCAGUCCGGAGGAGCUUUCGUUCAGAACAGUCACGCCGCUGCUGCCGAAUUUGCCUGACGGUUCUCGACCGCGAGGCCUGUCACAGGGCCUGAAGGAUCGUCAUUUCGACAUUUCUUCGCUGGAAGCGCAGCGAAUGGAACAGAAGAGGCAAGAGCUGAUCCAGGAGAAUAUGCGCCAGCAAGAGCUUCAGGAGUACCACUACCGCUGCCAGAAGCUAGAGAGGGAACACGCUUCGACAAAGGCAGAUGCUUGGACAGUGUCACCGCAAGCUUCGCGACAGUCGCAUCCCUCACAACCAUCCGCAGAGGUUGUCAAGGUCACGGAAGCACACAUGGCUGAGCGUUCUCAGCGGUCGAGUGUGGACCAGCGCUACGAGCAGCAGUUGCAGCAGGAGCUUGCACGACAACAGCAGCUUGAACUGGAGCUACGGGGCGAUUCCGCAGCCUCCAUUUCCUGGCUGAACCUGCAGAAGACUCACCGGCUCCAAGAGGAGGAGCAUUUCCAGCAGCAGCACCGAGAUCAGGUACGUGCCCAGCAGGAGCAGGCAGAGCUCGCUUUGCAGCGAAGGCAGCAGGAGGCAGAGGCAUUGCGUCAGCGACAGCGAUUCAGCCAGGAGGUCCUCCGGCAACAGCAAAGAGAACGGCCUCUGAUGCAAGAUGUAUAUCCUGCCCUGACCGUGGACCGUGCCACCUCUCCGCGGCCUCUCGCACCUCUGUCACCUGUCGCCUUGCAGCAAUUGCCCGCUCGAACUGCUUGGGGUUUGGAGGAGCUCCCUUACGGGGCAAAUCCGCAAGAGGCAGAAGGCCCACCCAGUGACGAGGAGGUAUGUGGAGGGAAGCCGGAACACGUUGAAUUCGUCACCUUCCAGGAGUUCCCGCCUCGGCCGCCCGAGGCGCCCCGCAGGCCCUUGCGCCGAGUACUCCACGAGCCCAGGGAUCUUCAGGUAGAACGGCAACAGGCGGCUCCGCCUUUCGGCGACGAGGACACCGCGGAGCAUCAUGCAGUUGAGGUCUGGCACCACCAGUUGCGAGCGCGCCAGGCAGAGAUGGCAGAGGAGGAGGCACGACAUCGCAAAGAGGAGGAGCAGCGCAGAGAGGCAGAAGCACGGCACCGAGAGGAGGAGCAGCGGCGGCGGGACCUUGCCCAGGCAGAGAAAGACGCGGAGAGCCAGCAUAUGGAGGAGGAGCGCAGAGAAAAGGAGCGACGCCGACGAGAGCAAGAGCAAAGAAAAGCGGAAGAGAGUUCACGACUGGCCAUGGAAGAAUGGUUGCAACAUGCGCAAGCGGAUGAAGCGCAGCGGCGGAUGGAGGAGCAGCGGCAGCGGGACGUUGCCCAGGCAGAGAAGGAGGCGGAGAGCCAGCGUAUGGAGGAGGAGGAGCGCAGAGAAGAGGAGCGACGCCGACAAGAGCAAGAGCAAAGAAAAGCGGAAGAGAGUUCACGACUGGCCAUGGAAGAAGGGUUGCAACAUGCGCAAGCGGAUGAAGCGCAGCGGCGGAUGGAGGAGCAGCGGCAGCGGGACCUUGCCCAGGCAGAGAAGGAGGCGGAGAGCCAGCGUAUGGAGGAGGAGGAGCGCAGAGAAGAGGAGCGACGCCGACAAGAGCAAGAGCAAAGAAAAGCGGAAGAGAGUUCACGACUGGCCGUGGAAGAAUGGUUGCAACAUGCGCAACUGGAUGAAGCGCAGCGGCGGAUGGAGGA